UAUAUCCUUCCAUCUUCAUUUCCAUCGCCAUCUAUAUAUCCCUUUAUCUCCACCGCACAACAUCUAUUACGAUUAUACAAACGCGGUCUUUCUAUCGUUAUCUCCGUCUUUUACGAACAUACAAGCACAGUCUUUCCAACAAAAUCGCUCCUAUACCGUAUAAACUCAAGAAAUCUGCUUCACAAUAAGCUCUUUUCAGAAUAAGGUUUGUGGAGAGGGCUAUUAUACCUAUUGGAUGAAUUGUAAAAGUGGAAAUUUUUCGUUCUACUUUGCUAAUUCUUCCACCCGGAAAUAGGAAAUAAUAAAUAACCUUAUUCUGAAAGGGUUUAGUGUGGAGCAGAUUUCUUGAGUUUAUACGGUAUUGUGUUGUGUACAGGAGUUGUUUUUUACAGUAUCUGCUGUUUAGACAACCCUGGCGGCGGUACCUAUUCGGAGGAGAACGGCCUGUUAUUUCUCCGAACAGGUUACGUCCUUCAGCAGCAGCUAUUUAGAACAUCCUGGCGGUGGUUACGUCCUUCAGCACCUGCUGUUUAGCACAGCUCCAACACAAUUCAUUCACUAGCUUUUAUUGAUCACUUCUACCCUUCAUUUUGUCCGAAGAGUCAAGGCUGCUCUAUAGCCUGGGUGGGUCGGGAAUUACACGUAAAAUGUGGUCUAGCAUAUUUUUUUUAAUGCAAUCAUUCUCUUAACUAUAUUUCAUCGCUAAUUGUAGUUAUAGGGAAAAUUAUGUCGGUUCCGAUUGGGAAACUUCAGCUAGAAAAGCUCCUUAACGAGAGAGUGUUUGUAAAAUGGGUAGAUCAAUCAGUUGCUCACAUGAUAACAAGCACAAUCCAAACUUUGUUAUGACUGCACAUUGUGAUGCGAGAGAACAUAUUCAUAUUCACUUUUCUCUUACGGUGUCUAUCAAGCUUGCUGGCAAGAAGCUACAAAUGGAAAUGACGUUGGUUGUUCCUCCAGACGCCGACUUCGCAAGUGCCUCUACGCCUCGUCCAAUAUCGAGCAUCGAUGAUUUAUCUCACGACGCUUCUGCCAUUCACGAAGCCGGUUUAAGCAAUUCACAACAUCUCUUCCUUUUACAAUUCAAUCUAACUACGAAGGGAUUCGUCAUUACGAAGGAGAAGACUGCUCCGAUUAUUAGGCCCAGCACUACGACCACAAACAAGUUGAUUCGUAACCUUGAAUCUCUAUCUAAUACAACGAUCUUUAGCAUAUACAUCAGUCAAAGCACUUAUGCGGAGAUAGGCCUAGAAAAGCUUCGCACGCACUUAAGCAACACUUGUACUGAUACCGAUACACGCGAAACCAACAUAAAGGAGAAGUAUAUUCAACAAGGGGCUAUGUUAGUGGAAUGGAGUAGAUUCGUCGACAACACUCACCACCGCCACCAUAUACUCAGCCAUCUCCGGAAGUGUAGGUUCCUCGGUCACCACCAAUCAUUUUUGAAAGGGAAACACCAAUCAUAAUAUCGAAGCGGCGAUUGCAGAAACAAUUCCGGAGACACCGACUCGUACUCCAGUUAGCCCGAACCUCAUGCCGGCACCAAAUAGCAUUUUCUCUCCUAACAUCGAAGAGUCGUUAGAUAUCGAAGAGGACUUGAGAUAUGUGGCAGAGGACUUCGAUGUGGAUUCGGAUGAGGAACGUCUCGCUAACUUGAAUGCUCGAGAACUAAGUCAGCAAUGAAACUAUGAUUUAGAAGAGUUUCAAAGAUACUUGAGUGGAAGUUCGUACAAUGGAUACAAACAGCAAUACGAUAAACUCGAAUGUGCACAAACACAAACGUUUAAUUACCAAGUUGUCAACUCUAGCUAAUUGUGUGGGUACAUCUAACACUGGUAUAUUUGAUGCUACUAUAUACCCUGGUGUUCUGCCUUAUUUUUCUAUGAUCCCUUUUGAUUCCGACAAUACUUUUGGGUUAUAAGAGGAGAGAAAUUUAUGGUUUAUUUCAGAUAUAGUCGAGCGAAGAAGAAUACCAUGAUGCCAGCGACGAUCCAGACCGCGAAGCUGUAGAGGAGCAGAGGAAGAGCGUUUAAAACAAGACGCUUAGACUCCGUCUCCAUCCUAAGCGCUAUACGAGAUAUGAGAUUUCUUGAUCUAACAAAACUAAUGGGAGGAGAAGCACUGACUCUCCCAUAUACCCUUUCCAAGAAUGGCUAUACCUAUAGAUCAAGAACACUCAUUGAUUCGGGAGCAAAUGGAUUCGCCUUUAUCAACAACACACUCCUUACUUGUUUGUUUCCUAUGUUUAAACCCAAAAUCGCUGGUUAAAUGGGCUAAUGAGGUUCAUUAUGGUGUUGAGGCAGCCCGGAGAGCGGCCUGGACCUGCUCCAUACAGCUAGCAGGGAUCUAAAUAACAGAUUAAUGCGAAAAUUAAAAGCUAUACAAACAAGGGGUCCUUACAUUGAGAUACGACGCCUUGCUGCGGCGGCGACGGGGGCAUUUACUAUGUAUAUGUAUACAGGUCAAACCAGGCUUCAUAGCGAGGUUAUAUAGACAUUUAAUGUAACAAUUAUGGUCUGGCGCUGCGACAGGCCGGGAACGGGGGUGUAUACGAGUACGAGCGUUUCGUUGUUUGGGAAUUAUGAUAAAUAAGUGUGGAUUGUUGAAUGGUAGGAGGGGUAGAGUUUAUGAAGCGGAGGAUGGAAGGAAGUGGAGGAUGGAAGGAAGUGGGAAAGGGAACGCGUUUAUAUAUUGAUCCAAACAAAGACGAAAGUCUCAAGCGAAAACAACAAACAUGGUUGAGUCAUAUCGCAUAUGUGUUCUACAGGAGGUUGCAGGAGAUCAUAACUAUAUAGAAACAAAAAAGCCAUCACCAAUAGUAACGAUAAUAACAAUGGCAAACCUGAAUAUUGUUGUAUAUAUAUGAGGAGGAGAGGAGAGCAGGGAAUACACCCUUUAUAUCAUACUAGGCAAACAAGGCCUACUAACUAAUCCGAAAU